AGUGAUUUAGUCCGUAUUUAAUCAGACAUUUUGAUAAUGGUCGACUGACUUGAUAUGGAAGGAGACCAUGAAAUUCUAUUUAACGGCGUGUAUUCGGUGCGAAACAGCUGGUCUGUUUUACCUUGUCACGAAAUAUGUUCACUGGAUCGAGAAAUUUUAAAUGCACUCACAGGACCAGAUUUGGGGUUCCAGCGAAUCCUAGCUGCCGAGGACCGCAGUUCAUUGUUACCGCAUGUUGCUGGGACGAACAACUGGUCGCUCGCUGAUGAAAAUUGCUAUGGAGUCUCAAUGUCGCUUUAUGACCAGAACCCCUUCACGUAUAAAAUAACAGCCGACCCGAAUGCUGAUUGCUUCGGUCUUUGCAAACGGGGCAACAAUUCUGUACUUGUUGUGUGUGAUGGGGUUAACAGAGGAAACAAAUCAAGAAUGGCUGCCAGAUCCGCCGCUUACGGUGCCUUACGCUACAUCAACGCUCAUUGCUUCGAGCUAGGUGAGCAACCAAUGAACACUCACGAUGUGUUUGCACUAUUGAAGCGUGCUCUAAUGGCCGCUCAUCAGUGCGUGUGUCGUAACGUGCAUUGGUGCACGACAAUCUGUAUAGCUUUCGUGGUGCCUUUAGUAGCAGAAAGAGGAACUUACGCAGUGUGUAGUAUAAACGUAGGAGAUAGUUACGCCUUCGUAGCUCGCAGGUCGAAAGUGGCAGAGACUGAACAGAAUGUUCCGAGUGGCGAUGGGGAUGUGGACGUGAGUAGUGUUGAGAAGUUCACGGUGGAGGAAUUGACCAUCACUAGCCAUGAGUUCACGAAGGAUAUCGGCCGUGAGACGGGAGGUGCUAUUGGACCUGUGACCGCAAACGACGAGCCUCUUCUGAGCAACUUGACAUUCUCACUUGCCUACGCCAAAGAAGGCGACAUUGUCUUUCUAACCACCGACGGAGUAUCCGACAACUUCGACCCGGUAGUGCAGCGACUUCAAAACAUCGCGCCAAUUGCACCAAAUGGAGUUAGACAAGAAUCAUUUGUGAAUCUAUCAUCGCUAAGUUUGGGCGACCGACAUGCUAUAUCACUGCAGUGCAUGCAAAGAACUCUGAAUCGAUUCUCAGCCAGGUCUGAAGAAACUCUAACUGCGAGUAGUUUAUGUGGUGAGUUAAUGAGACACGCUUUGCUCAUUAGUCAGGAUAAAAGAGCGGUUCUAGAAGACGAAGAGCUUUACUCUAAUUUGUCAGUGUUUAAUCGCAAGACAAUCGAAAAAGUGCACAGAUCAUCGGAAGUGAAACAAUUGCUGGCCAGUACUAGAGGCAAAAUGGAUCAUGCUACAAUUUGUGCCGCUACUAUCGCGUCACAACAACCCGAAACACAUCACACUGCGAGACGAAAAGACUCGCGCUCUCACGUGUUGGCUCCACAGUCAACCGGGGAUGGAGAAUCGUUUUCACUGAGGCGGUUUACUAUGUUCAGUAGAUCAACUUUACGAAAACAGAACAAGAAAAGGUCUUCGAAAGUUUCAUUGCCUUAAAAUCAUCAAGCUAGCGGAGAAAUUGGAGGGAUGUGCUACAAUUAAACUAACUCUUCAUUUCUUACCAAAUUGGUCAACAGUAGUUUAAGAACACUAAUGAAUUAAUUUAUCAUAUAUUUAUAUCGCGGUUGAAAUUUAAUUUAUUGCCGCUGAAUUCAUUUUUUCUAUUUA